UGGAGGACAGGGAGCAGAGGGCACGCCCGAGUAGCUAGCGGCAUGGAAACAGACAGACUUGGCCAUGCGGACUCAAGUUCCGUAGUUUCUCUGGGCCUCAGUUGCUGCAUCAGUAAAAUGGGGAUGAGGGAAAGUGCCAAGAAUGAAAAGCCCUCGGCGCAACCCCUGGCUCACAGCCCAGGCGGUGGGAGCUAGCACCGUGAGUUUUGGAAAGGGGUAGGUGAAGGGGAAGGCUACAGAUUGCUCCCCUAAAACCGCCUGGAAGCAAAGCCCACAGGCCCCAGGCCGGCCCCUCCCCUGGGGACUUGGCCAAAGACCUAGAAGUACGGUUGCAUCACUGAGUAUUCAGGGGUUAAUGAUGGGGAGUGGACAGGACCCAGUAUUUAACUAAUUGGGGAGGUGCCCUGAGAUCAGAGGCACCCCGCUCACUUCCUUCUCCUGCAGCCCUGCUCCUCUGCCCCCUGCUCACCUCCCCUCCCCCCCCCAAGGAUGAAGCCUCCCCCUCUUCUGACCUUCCUUUGCCUCCUGGUGGCCCUGGCUGGCGGGAACCUGGUCCAGUUUGGGGUAAUGAUUGAGAGGGUGACGGGGAAGCCGGCACUGCAGUACAAUGAUUACGGCUGCUACUGUGGCGUUGGUGGCUCCCACUGGCCCGUGGACCCAACAGACUGGUGCUGCCAUGCCCAUGACUGCUGCUAUGGGCGUGUGGAGAAGCUGGGCUGUGAACCCAAACUGGAAAGGUAUCUCUUCUCUGCCAGCAGGCACAACAUCUUCUGCGCCGGCAGAACCACCUGCCAGCGUCAGACCUGCGAGUGUGACCGGAGGGCUGCCCUCUGCUUCCGCCGCAAUCUGGACACCUACAACCGCAGCUACGUCCGCUACCCCAACAAGCUGUGCAGCGGCCCCACGCCGCCCUGCUAGGGCCUGGCCCCACCUCCUGCCUGCGUCCGGCCUCCAGCUGCUGUAGCCCCGGGGCCUGGGCAGCAAUGACACCACCAGCCCUCCCUCCGGAAAAUUCCUUACCUGCAAACCCAUCCCUCCCUGAGAGCUCCCAGAGUGUGGUCGGGACCGUGGCUGGCCUCCUGGGCCACAUCUUCCCCCCUGCUGGGAACAGCCACCGUGCCCAGGAGCCAAGGAGCCAAGGGACCCUUUAGCCCCCCGAAGAUUCUAUAACCCAGCCCCGAGAUCUCGGUUUCCGCUUCUGAAUAAGUGAAUAAUGUCCCGUAAUCCUAAUAUUCCCUGAUUCUCAGAUUCUAUCAUUAUAGAAUUUAAUUAGUUUACA